UUUCAAACAAGAAAAGUAUUAAGAUCAAUGAUUUAUCGUGAUACUGAGCACUGCGUUGCCAAGUUAUUCUGAAAUUACGAGGCACAAUUAAGCUGUACUACACAGUUCACGUGAUAUCGCAUGUAUAUGCGACCAAAUGGAGGGCUAUCCGGGCGCCUACGACGAACACACCGACUCCACAAAACAGCAAGAGAGGCAUUACUACCUCCUAUCUGAGCUGCAGGCGCUUGUCAAAGACUUGCCCAGCUCCUUUCAGCAGCGUUUGUCCUACACCACGCUAAGUGACCUGGCUUUAGCCUUGAUAGAUGGAACGGUGUAUGAGAUCGUCCAGGGCCUGCUUGACAUCCAGCACCUGACUGAGAAAAACCUGUACAAUCAGAGACAGAAGCUUCACAGUGAGCACAGAGCUCUGAAGCAGGAGUUAGUUCGGAAGCACAAAGAAGCACUCCUGACUUGCAAAACGCACAACUUGGCAGUUCUGAGAACGAACCAGCAGGCGGAGACAGAGGCCCUGGAACAGCGGGUGAGAGAGGAGCAGAGGAUGAUGGAUGAGAAGAUCGUGGUGGAGAUGGACCAGAAGGUCGUGGACCAGCAGACCACCUUGGAGAAGGCAGGCGUCCCAGGCUUCUACAUCACCACCAAUCCCCAGGAGCUGAUGAUGCAGAUGAAUCUGCUGGAGCUGAUCCUCAAACUGCAGCAGAAGGAGGCUCAGUCUGGAAACCCGUCCUGAGUGAAGGCACUUGGAUGGGCGGCAAAGAACUGGAUUUUUGAUAAGCAAAUGUGUCUCCAUCCACCCGGCGUGCAUAACCUGUUUUAAAAUGCAGCCUUGCGAGUUUUUUAGUGCGGUCGCCAGGAAACAACCUUUAAUUUAAACCGCAGGGUCAGGUGAUGAACACAUUUAUUCAGUUUAUACAUAGCCGGGAAUUGGCUGUUUGUGCCUUGAAGCUGCAAGGAAAAUGGGAAUCAGUAUUGUUUUCUAAUUCUGUAUAAAGUUUCCCCAUUUACAAUACUGAUGUCAAGUAGUUUUUCACCCUUACUGGGUCCUGGACAAAUGGUUUUUUGUGUAUUGUUAGUUGGUUUACUAUAUUGUUUAAAAAUGAAGAAUGAAUUAUAAAGCUGGGUUGUGUGAAACAUAUUUGGUACAAGCCUUAUUAGUGGGCUGUAAAAGGUUAUAAAACGUAAGAGGUGAAAGCUUUCUUA